AUGAAGAAUCAUGGUUCGCCGACUCACUUCCUAGGCAUCAAAAUUGAUACAACCUCUGAUAAGUAUUUUUUGUCUCAAGCCUUCUAUGCUAAGUCUAUUGUCGAACUCGCUGAGUUGCAAAAUUGCAACUCAGUUGCUAAUCCCUGUGCUACGAAACUUGCAGGAAAUCUGUCUAAUUCAACUCCCUGUUUUUCUCCAGCCGUCUAUCGCCAACUGAUCGGGUCCUUGCAAUAUUUGACUCUCACACGACCAGACAUUGCCUACGCCGUCAAUGCUUUGUCUCAGCAUAUGCACGAUCCAGCCUCAGCUCAUACAUCUUUGUUGAAAAAGCUGAUCCGAUACAUCAAAGGAACCACCGAGUUUGGUCUGCCUAUCACCAAAUCAACUCUACUGCUCAAGACGUACUCCGAUGCGGACUGGGCAUCGGAUCCCGUCACCCGGAAAUCAACGUCCGGGUUCUGCACGUUUUUGGGCGAUACACUUGUUUCCUGGACUGUUAAGAAGCAGACUACUGUGUCCCGCUCAUCAACUGAAUCUGAAUACCGCGCAUUAGCUGCAGCAACAGCGGACACUAUUUGGCUCAAAAAGUUGCUCGCCGACUUUUGUAUCGAUCAUCCUUCACCGGUGGACAUUUUCUGUGACAACACCUCAACUAUUGCUCUCGGUAAUAAUCCCGUUUUUCAUGCGCACACCAAGCAUAUUGAAAUUGAUCAGCGGUUUGUUCAUGAGCAUAUUCAGAACAAAGUAAUCCGGUUAUUACCCAUCAGCACGAUCGAUCAGCUAGCUGACAUCCUUACCAAGCCGUUAUCCACUCCUCGCUUCAAGUUGCUACGAUCCAAACUGACCAUUUCCUCUAAUUCUCAGUUUGAGGGGGGAUGUUAG